AAGUCAUGUAAGACAAAAGACCAGACAUCUAGCUAUUUAGUAUCAGUAAAAAGACUUAAAGCACAUUUUCCCAAUUUAACCACAGCUGUAAUACAGUAACAAACUGAAUGAAUGUCAGCUUCCUCACAUGACCUUGCAAAAGCCCAUGUGUAUUUUGGCAGGUGGUUGGGGGUUAACCUGACGUGUCUCUGAUAAGAAAUAUGUCUGUGCAUGCGCCACGUUGUCAAACACCAAAAGUUGUUAAGUCAAGCCCUCAUUGAUUCCCCUUUUCAAAGGAGAUACAGAAGAGGACACCCGGUCUGAGCCAUGUCCGGACUGAACGCAUCUCUCGGAUACUUUGUGGCUGUUGUGAUUUUCGCAGCCUCAGUUCGAACACUCCUUAGAAAAUGGCCACGGUUCAGCUUCAUUUCAGAGUUUGCCUCCUCUUUCAUGCUGGUGGCAUGUUGGCUGGAGGUGCAGACCAUUGUGGAGGUGGGUCAGUGGGCCGGGGCCUUGGGUCCUGAUGUGGCGGUGACUAUGCUGUUUGGGCUGCUGCUGACCCACGGUGUCAUCUGUGGUGCUGCGUCAGGGAAUCCCAGCCUGGUCUUGCAGAAGUUCCUGCAGCUCGAGGCCUCCACUCUGCCCACCCUGCUGGCUGUUACAGCCCAGUUUGCUGGGGCUCACCUGGCCCUUCUUGCAGCUGUGUACUACUGGAAACUGGAGCUGACAGACAUGCACAUGAUCAAAAACCUGAUGGCAGCAGAGUGCAGCUCAUCUCUGCUGGUCUCUGUGCUUCAGGGCUUUUUCACUGAGUUUGUCUGUGCAUUCAUUCUUCACCUGAUCUACCUGAACCUACAGCGGAGAUCAGCUUUGAUCCGGAUUCCCCUGAUCGCUGUCCUCCUCACAUUCUUUACCCAUACAGCCAGAGGCUACACCUCAGCUUACAUUAAUCCAUCGCUGGCGUAUGGACUCACCUUCCACUGUCCAGGAUCUACCCUCACACAGUAUUCAGUCGUCUACUGGCUGGGCCCACUCAUUGGCAUGACCCUGGCUCUUCUCUUGUACAUGGGUCAUAUCCCGAGGUUUUUUGCCAAGAACCUUCUAUAUUUCCAGAAGACACGCUUCAGAGUGCCAAAAGGAGACAAAGCAGAGAAGAAGAAAAAGUGAAAGAUGAUCUGUAUUUCAAAAAAUCUAAACUUGAUAAACAGUGUUCAAUGCCCAAAAUAUGUUUAAUUCAAUUUCACAAAGUUGUGUGGAAAAUGUGAAUAUUUCAGAUAAAAAAAAAAAACCACAACAAAAAUCUAUUUAAUAGUUCCUUUCUU